AUGCUGUUUUUGAUCCCAUCUUUUGUUUUCUCAGCUAGUGAUCUUUAUACACGCUGCAGACCACCGUUCAGCUGCGGCGAUCAGAGCGAGCUCUUUUACCCUUUUUGGAUAGAUAGUAGAGAAGGCUGUGGCCACCCUGACUUCAAGCUCGAAUGCAGCGCAAACGUCGCAGAGGUUAGUAUCUCCUCCGUGAAGUUCAGAAUCUUAGAGGUGAACUAUUUCUCUGGUAUCAUAAGACUGGCACGAUCUGACUACAUCAGCACUCUUUGUCCGCAAGAUCCUUUGAAUGCGACGUUCGACGAAACUGUCCUUCCAUUUGCUCCUAACACCGAGCUGCUAACAAUUUACUAUGACUGCCGCCGGGAAUUUUCCGUUUCUACUUUUACUGGAGAGUUUGAAUGUGAGGAUGAUAGCAUAAGAAACUACUAUGUGACGAGAACUCGUCCCCUCUACUUCGAGGGAUUAGUGACUCUCUAA